AUGGACAAAGACUGCGAUAUGGUAUAUAAAAAUGUUUCUGACAUAUACAAAUCUGAAGAAUUUAAGACCUACGACAACUUUGUUUCGUUAGUUGCAAAAUGUGUAUGGCAGAUAAGAGAUAAAGAUAAAAGAGGUAAAGUAUGGAACGAACAGAUAAAACCAGCAACUUUUGAGUUAAAGAAAACCAUUGACGCCUUAGUCAUACUUGCAGGUUUUAUUUCAAUGUACAAUGCUAAAAUGAACCCACAAUGUUCAAAAUGUAAAGCAGCAAUGAGGAAAUAUAACUACUCCGUCAAAGAGAUAGAAAGAAUGCGAAACGACUAUGCUGAUUUAAAGGAAGAAGCAGAGAAACCAGCAGAAGAUAAAAUGGACAUGUUGACAUUUCUGAACAAAAACUAUCCAACUGCUGACGAUUUCCUUCUUUCAGAUGUCAAGAAGAAAUAUAAAGAAACCUUCGGCAUUGUUAAAACAUUCGAUAUCCUCAGCGAAGAAAUCGAAGCUACAAAACUGUUUAGGAUUUCAAAUAUACAUCGUACAAUUCAUGUAAAACGCUUGUGA